AUGCGGCGGGCACCGAACUCCGCGCUGCGGGCGGCGCUGCCGCUGCUGGGCGCCGCCGUGUGGCUGUGCGCAGGGCUCCAGUGCGUGUGCCAGCUGUGCGAGCACACCAACUUCACCUGCCAGACGGAGGGAGCGUGCUGGGCCUCGGUCAUGCUGACCAACGGCAAGGAGGAGGUGAUCAAAUCCUGCGUGUCCCUGCCGGAGCUCAACGCUCAGGUCUUCUGCCACAGCUCCAAGAACAUCACCAAGACCGAGUGCUGCUACACCGACUUCUGCAACAACAUCACCCUCCGCCUGCCCGUAGGUUCCCCCGGUCGUGCUGCCGUGGGUCCCGUGGUGCUGGCGGCGACGGUGGCCGUGCCCAUCUGCGUCCUGUCCCUCGUGGCAGUGCUGGCUGCCUGCAGCUGCCAGGGCCGGCGCUGCGCCCGCGGCAGGACGAAGCCGCCCAACGUGGAGGAGCCGCUCUCCGAAUGCAACCUGGUCAGCGCGGGCAAGACGCUCAAGGACCUCAUUUAUGACAUGACGACGUCUGGCUCCGGCUCUGGCUUACCUCUGCUCGUACAGAGAACCAUUGCGAGGACCAUCGUUCUGCAGGAGAUCGUAGGGAAGGGGCGCUUCGGAGAAGUGUGGCGUGGGAAGUGGUGCGGGGAGGACGUGGCUGUGAAAAUCUUCUCCUCGAGAGACGAGCGGUCCUGGUUCCGGGAGGCAGAGAUUUAUCAGACAGUUAUGCUGAGACAUGAGAACAUCCUGGGCUUUAUUGCUGCUGAUAACAAGGACAACGGGACCUGGACCCAGCUGUGGCUCGUCUCCGAGUACCACGAGCAGGGCUCCCUGUUUGACUACCUGAACAGGGGCACGGUGACGGCAGAGGGCAUAGUGAGGCUGGCACUGUCCAUCGCCAGCGGCCUGGCACACCUGCACAUGGAGAUCGUGGGCACGCAGGGCAAACCGGCGAUCGCUCACAGGGACCUGAAGUCCAAGAACAUCCUGGUGAAGAGGAACGAGAGCUGUGCCAUCGCAGACCUGGGGCUGGCAGUGAAGCACGACUCCGUGCUCAACACCAUCGACAUCCCCCAGAACCCGCGGGUGGGGACGAGGAGGUACAUGGCUCCUGAGAUACUGGAUGACGCGAUGAACACCAACAUCUUUGAGUCCUUCAAGCGUGCGGACAUCUACUCUCUUGGGCUGGUGUACUGGGAGAUAGCACGGAGGUGUUGUGUUGGAGGGAUCACUGAGGAGUACCAGCUGCCUUACUACGACGUCGUGCCUUCUGAUCCCUCGAUAGAAGAUAUGAGAAGGGUGGUUUGUGAGCAGAAGCUCCGACCAAAUAUUCCAAACCAGUGGCAAAGCUGUGAGGCACUGCGGGUGAUGGGCCGGAUCAUGCGGGAGUGCUGGUACGCCAACGGUGCAGCACGGCUCACUGCUCUGCGCAUCAAGAAGACCAUCUCACAGCUCUGUGUGCAGGAAGACUCCAAAACCUAACGGCUCCAGCAGGAGGAGGGCACUGCGUUCUGCUGUUCAUCUGUUGACAUGUGAUAUUAUUUUUCUUUUUGGUCUACCUCAUGUGACGCAGGUCGGUAUUUAAGUGCCCAGAACAGAGUGCUGCCAUCUGGCUUCAUAGCUGGCUACUGGAAGGGGCUCAUUUUGACCUGUAGCUCUCGCUCUGUACAGCAAGCUGCUGGUUGGGCUGCCUGAGGAAGAUGGGACGCUAGGUGAAUAGCAGGAAGGAGCUUUAAACACGUCGGUGUAAAUGUACCUUCUGCUAUUGUGCUUUCUGUCCUUGUCAAAGCCAAUGUACUGCAAAUCGCUGGGACUGCUUAAAGCACGUCUGCAAGAGAAAGCACAGCUUCAUCCUCAAACCCAGCAAAAGACCAAAUUUCAUCCAGCUUUUUGCUGCUUCGACGCAGGGAUCUGAGAAGGGGCUGUCAGUAAAAUGCAUUUUUAAAUACUGUAUUUGUCUUUACCUAAGCAAAUAAGGUGAAAAAGGUUUCAAAGUGAGACAGGAGAGGUUUAGGUUGGAUAUUAGGAGGAAGUUUUUCC